GGAGAGGUAGUCGUCCGUUCGACGUGUCGGCGUUAACAAAUACCCUCUUGCACAGUCACCCCAUGGUUUGUGUUUACUCCACGAUUUGUCGUCACAACCCCGGGGAUAAAUUCGAAAUUUUCCGCCGCGGGAAACGUCAAUCGUUCACAAUCCUGAUUAAUCCGAUUCGAGUCUCCAUUAAAAAAUUUCAAUUCAACAUUUAAAAUUGUUAAUGAAAAAUAAUCACCAGAUGAACUGAUGAAAAAUGCCACCUGGAAGGUCUGAAAGAGUCCAAAAUAAACAAAAGAACAGUUCUAAACAGCCUAAUUCAGGAUUUAAUCAUUUUUAAUGUUAAACAGCGUUUAAAAACGUGAAAUUAUGUUGGAAAAAAAAUUUGCAAAUGAAUUCGGUUCGUCGGAGAGGAUUGAAGCACUGAAAACCCGCCUGAGGAUAAGGGAAGUUUAAUGAAAUUUAAUUGACGACAGUAAAUUAGUCCCUGAAACACCAGGUUUUUCCGUAUUUUCCUGGAGUAAUUUAACCGGAUUAAAAAAAUAUCUUGUACGAGAUAAAGGUGGAAAAUGAAGGAGAGUUCUGGGUGGUGGAAGCCCAAUGUGUUCAACACGUGCAAAACGUUUAUUUUCGGGUGUUGAAAUAGUCCGUGGUGAAUAGUAUCAACUUUAUUUUGAAUAAAUAUUCCAUGGAAUUGAUGGGAAUUCAAUUGGGCACAUGAACCCCUGAACUGAAACUGUAUGUCACAGUGUGCUGUCAGGAUUGAGAGUGAAUUUACUCAAUUGAGUUGAAGGGUUUUUUUUAUCAUCUCGAAUCAGCUUUAUUCCAUGUCGAUGGAAAUGGAUUUGUAAGAAUUUAUCGGUGCGACUGGGUUAGGGGGGAGGGGGUGAAAGCACGGGGAUGCUGAAACGUGACUUGAGAGUGUGUGUUGUGGCCGUCACAGACUAUGCAUCCGACUGAUUGACAGCGGGAAUGGCAAACCUUGGGCCUUUUCGGUAUUUCCAUUUAGAUGCGAGCAUUGACCAAUUUUGAGAUAUUACGAGACAUGAGUCAUAAAGGCGGGAAGAGCAGAACCAGCUGACACUCGAGUGCCAUAAUGACGACGGAGCCACUGUCGGAUGGUGGCAGUCCGGCGUUACUUCAUCGUCCUCUACUCACCCCGCAUUUCGUCCUACGCUCUGCCACCCUUGAGCGUGACUCUGAGACUCACAACACCGGGAAAAUCACCACUGGUGUUGCAUCGUACUACGCGACUACCUCCGUGCGUUUUCAAACAUUCGACAUGAUGGAUCAAAAGUCACUCAGGUACAUCGGUGACAGCGUUGACGACGCUGCCGCCGGCGGCUGUGUCCAAGGAGGUGGUGGUGCACGCCUGACAGCCCCGAGAAUGUCAUUAUUGGGCCGGCCGAUUAACUACAGGGCGACACGCAGGGACGCCCGAUACCGGAGGCUACAAACAAACUUCUAUAAUUUUCUUGAAAGGCCCAGGGGCAUCUACGCCAUCACCUACCACAUGAUCGUAUUCUGUAUGGUCUUCAUGUGCCUGGUGUUAUCAGUAUUUAGUACUAUAGAGGAGUACGAAAAGGAGGCUGGUAUGUGGCUGUAUUACAUGGAGUUAGUCGUGGUAAUUUGGUUCGGGAUGGAAUUCUGCCUCAGAUUGUGGUCAUCUGGAUGCUGCUCUCGCUACCAGACGGCCAUAGGUCGACUGAAAUUCCUUCGUAGACCAUUUUGUAUUAUAGACGUGAUAACUAUUCUGGCUAGUGUAGUCGUUCUUGCAAUGCGAAGUAGUGGCCAAGUAUUUGCAGCUAGUGCAUUGCGGGGCCUCAGGUUCUUUCAGAUACUGCGAAUGGUUCGUAUGGAUCGUCGUGGGGGCACUUGGAAAUUGCUGGGCAGUGUCGUAUAUGCUCAUCGUCAAGAACUCAUUACAACCCUCUACAUCGGCUUCCUUGGUCUAAUAUUCGCAAGCUUCUUGGUGUAUCUCGCCGAGAGGGACGACGAGCACUUCAACAACUACGCGAAGGCUCUUUGGUGGGGAGUGAUUACUCUGUGCACUGUUGGCUACGGUGAUGCUGUACCAAAAACUUGGCAGGGAAAAAUUAUUGCCUCCUUCUGCGCGCUCCUGGGAAUAUCCUUCUUCGCAUUGCCCGCGGGGAUUCUCGGCUCGGGAUUUGCGUUGAAAGUUCAGCAGCAGCAGAGGCAGAAACACAUGAUUAGGAGGCGACAGCCAGCUGCUACACUGAUUCAGGCACUGUGGAGGUGUUAUGCAGCUGAUGAGCACAGCAUAAGCAUUGCCACAUGGAAAAUUCAUCAAGUACCACUUUCCAGCCCACCCAGUAGUCGUCUGUCUUCCAGUUUUAAGCAGAAUGCCUCAUUCGUCAGUCGUUUACCGACUAUUCGCCGACACAAGAGCACAUCUCUUCACAGUCCAGGUGGACACAAACUGUCCCAUAAUUACCAACGUCCUCCACCUCGUGUUUUUACUGAUCUCAUAUCAUCGGCUGAGAAUCUAGGUCUGUUAAUGUCGACAGGAGUUGGAAAUCAUCACCAGGGAAUAUGCAAUGAUCCGAAUGAAACUCAGUUGAGCACGAAAAACCUUAACGCCAGUUACUCCGAGGACUCGGUGACUGAGACAGCAUUUUCAAAGAAAAAUUCUGACGACGAGGAGGAGGAGCCAUCGCGAUGCAUUCACCUCACCAAGAAGCACAAAACAGCUAUUCGUGCGAUAAGAAAGCUCAAGUACUUCGUGGCCCGCAAGAAGUUCAGAGAAGCUCUGAAACCUUACGACGUCAAGGACGUGAUCGAACAGUACAGCUCUGGGCACGCUGAUCUACUGAAUCGCGUGCGAAAUCUCCAAUUCAGAUUAGAUCAAAUACUCGGGAGGCAGGGCUCAAAAGCACGGGACGUUUACGUGUCAAAGAUCAGUCUGGCUUCCAGAGUAGUUAAAGUAGAGCGACAGGUCGACGAUAUUGAGACUAAAUUGGACCAACUAAUUGAAUUAUAUAUGGAGGAUCGAAAGCGCCUUGUGUCACUACCAAUGGCUGAAUCCUACAAGGUGCCUCACCCACCCAUCACUUGUCCAGGAGAAACUACCACAAUUACAACUGUAUUGAAGCCAAUACUAGUGGACAAGCAGUUGUCCGAGCCAAGUUCCCCAACAUCGAAGACCCAGCGUGAAAUGAAACCCCAAAAACCACGACAGAUUCAUCGGGGAUUCUCGGAUUUAGGAAGCAGGGUCAAAAAACGUGUCACUCUAAGCUCAAUAGCCCCACCACACCUGUUUCAUCUGGAUGAAUCCUCAGCGAUGAGACCAUCGACCACAUAUUCGGGUGGCUCACCAUCGCCCAGGGACGAUGGGGUCGUUAUCAUUGUGCCUGCUCUAUCCGAAACAAGAAAAGAGGCAAUUUCAACGUUACGGCCAUCCACCGUCAACGGACGCCACGAUAAAUCCACGGUAACCGUGGAGUGUGAUCCAGGAGGUUCAACGGGCGAUAACUACAACACAGAGAACGAGGGCGAGGACACGUCAUGCGAAAGGGCGGCUCUCCUUGGUGUCUCCGAAUCUACGUUACCAAUGUCCCCAAGUACCAUUGAUCCUGGGGGUAGCAUAGAUCAGCCGUGAAAGAAACCAAAUAGGGAAUUGCUUUCGUCAAGAUAUAGUCAAUAUAUUUUUGCUAAUAAAUUAGCAAUUUGCUUCCGAAUGGAAUUUCCAUGACGAUCUACUUUGAAACGAAUUCAACAUUACUCCAACACUGAUAGCCAAUAUUGCCCCAACGUUGAUUUUUUUUACCGUCCCGUGAGUAUUAACAGGUUCUCUGAUCACAGCAUAAGUUCAUGUAUUUUUUCUAAUAAAUCAGCAAUUUUCUUCCGAAUUGAAUUUUAUGAUAAUGUAUUUUAAUGCGAAUUUAAUGAGUCAUCUGACACAACAAUAUUGUUUCAACGUCACUAGACCACAUUUUCCGAACGUUUAUUGUUUUGACCUUUUCCUGACUUCAAAAUAAAUUAUUUCAACAACGAAUGUCAUCAAUUUCAUGAUUGAACUCAUUUAAAAAGUCAUUGUAAAAAUAUUUUGAAAAACUAGUGGAUUCAUUUCAACAGUUAUUCAUCAAUUUGUUAUAAAAAAUUAGGUUUUACAUGCCGACAAACAUCAGGACAUUUGUUAGAAACCUCAUAUGGAAAUUCUUGAUACCAAAAACAUUUAUUAUGAUUGAAAAAAUGGCAGAUUUCAAUUUUGACUUGUACAAUGCUUCCAUUCGGAAGCAAAUGGAAACAACAUUGAUGGUAAAUCAUAAUUUUAUCCACCCCUCCCCCCUUAUUUUUUAAUUCAUCCAUUCAUCUAGCAGUAAAAAGACUACAAUACUCUCCAGAGUAUAGGCUCAUAAGGGGGUGAAUUUUUACCCUCAGUCGGAGUUUCCCUCGGGGCACAAUGUAUCCAACUCGUAUAUAGAGUAACCAAAAAGAUGAAGAGAAGAGAAAAACCGCAUAGAAACAUCCGUGACUCACGGAGACAAUAUUUGCCAUCGUGAAUUCGUAUUUUAAGAGAGAAAUAUUAUCAACGGCCUCUCCCCAUUCAACUUUUUGCACGUAUCAAUGUUUUACAAAAAUAUUGUUUAUCCAUUCUCUUUCUUACUUUACUGUGAAAUUAAAAGAAAAAAUUAUUAUAAGCUUUUGGGAAUCAAACGCCAAUUAUUCGAAUGAUCAAAUUUAUUUCAGGGGCUCUCUUUUGAGAUCACGCGAUCAUAUUUAUUUUUCUUGACUAUCGCAUUUAUCUAGAAACGCAGUGCGACAAAAUGACAUUCAUUUACGAGAAUUAUUAUUAAAUCAAAAUUUGAGGAGAAAGUAGAAAUAGAUAAGAAAAAAAAACCGACCAUUUAAUGAAGAGAGAAUUUUAAAUAACUUUUUAUAGGAUUAUUAAUAUAUAUUGUAAGAAUACAGAAUUUAAAUUACAUUUUGACAAGAGCAAUCUGCACAGUGAUGCAAAUUUAGAAGGACGUAUUGCAUUGAUACAAGAGAGCAAUUUAAAUAAACAAAUUAUCGUACAAGCUUCGAUAGACCAAAUAAUAUAUAUAUAAUUAUUGUAAGUAGUUUAAGGCUUGAGAGAUAAUUUUGUUUUCUCAACUGAAAGUGUCUUCGCUGUCACUUUAUGAUGAAAAAUAA